UUUUCUGCGCACGCGUGGCUCAAAGUAGCCUCCCUCUACCUGAAAGAACACACCUGGAUCCAGCGAGACGGAAGUAGAGCUUUUGAGAUAUCUGGUCGACUGUCCUCACUGUGUCAUUUUCAUAUUAACAUAGAUGAGAUCAGAUUUUUGAGAGGACUCUUCAGUAUCGGAAGCUUGUGAGGCUAAAUCUACUGUCGAUCGAUGUGAAGCGAGGUACAGCUGAAGAUAUUUCUUGGUUUUGGUGAUUACCUGCGCCAGUACUACAGCUAUAUGAGAGACAGAAAUCUUUUGUGCCUAAUGAUGCUUCUGCCUGUGUGCAUAUUGUAAAAACACUCUGGCAUCCAGUAAUAAUUUAUUGCCAAAAGUGGGCCUCACAAAUCAAAAUGACGACUUUCCGAAGGUUUUUAAGGAAGCGUUUUUUUCCCUGGAAACUGGUAAUAGUCGCCCUCAUUUUCAUUACAUUUGUGUUUCUCAUACAACGGGAAGUUGUUGGUCGGGAUCUGCAGGAAGAGCCAUGGCUCAAAGACAUUGUAGACAAGAGGGACGCUGUCUUAGGAAUGAUGAUGGGGGCAGUCAAUAAUUUCAGGGAUGCAAUGCCAAAAAUGCAAAUUAAAGCACCUGUUCGACAACAUGACACUGCGGACAGCAAGCCGUGUUUGAAUGGAUAUUACACGGCAGCAGAACUGAAGCCUUACCUGGAGAGGCCAUCUCAAGAUCCCAGUGCUCCUGGGGCCUCCGGAAAGGCUUUUCCAACUGACAAACUGAGCCCAGAACAACAGAAGGAAAAGGAGAAAGGGGAGGCCAAACAUUGCUUUAAUCUGUUUGCAAGUGAUCAGAUUUCACUUAGUAGAGACCUUGGACCCGACACGAGACCUCCAGAAUGCAUUGAACAAAAAGUCAAGCGCUGUCCACCUCUCCCAACCACGAGUAUAAUUAUCGUGUUCCACAAUGAAGCAUGGAGCACAUUGCUGAGAACAGUGUACAGCGUGCUGCAUACGUCUCCUGCCAUCUUUUUGAAAGAGAUCAUACUGGUGGAUGAUGCAAGUGUUGAUGAUUACUUGAAGGAGCCGCUCGAUGAUUAUGUAAAGCAACUCCACAUAGUUAAGGUAGUCCGGCAAAAGGAAAGAAAGGGACUUAUUACUGCCAGGCUACUGGGAGCAGCAGUAGCCACAGGGGAUGUGCUCACUUUCCUAGAUGCACAUUGUGAAUGUUUCCAUGGCUGGUUGGAGCCUCUUCUGGCGCGGAUAGCAGAGAACUACACUGUAGUGGUAAGCCCAGACAUUACAACAAUCGACCUCAAUACCUUUGAGUUUAUGAAACCGUCUCCCUAUGGGCAAAACCACAACCGAGGCAACUUUGACUGGGGUUUAUCCUUUGGGUGGGAAAGCCUUCCUGACCACGAGAAAAAAAGAAGAAAAGAUGAAACAUACCCAAUCAAGACACCAACAUUUGCUGGGGGGCUUUUCUCAAUCUCCAAAGAGUAUUUUUAUGAAAUUGGAAGUUACGAUGAAAAAAUGGAAAUUUGGGGAGGCGAGAAUAUUGAAAUGUCUUUUCGUGUGUGGCAGUGUGGCGGACAGUUAGAGAUCAUUCCAUGCUCUGUGGUGGGUCAUGUUUUCCGCACCAAAAGCCCACAUACAUUCCCCAAAGGCACGCAGGUUAUUGCACGUAAUGAAGUCCGUCUAGCUGAAGUCUGGAUGGAUGAUUAUAAAGAAAUAUUCUACCGUAGAAACCAGCAAGCAGCCCAGAUGGCAAAAGAAAAAUCUUUUGGCGACAUAUCCCAAAGGUUGAAGCUCAGACAAAAUCUGAAGUGCAAAAACUUCUCUUGGUAUUUGAAGAACGUGUAUCCUGAAGUUUUCUUGCCGGAUUUGACCCCUCUUCGCUUUGGAGCUGUGAAAAAUAUGGGUAAGGAGUCCUGUCUAGAUGCUGGGGAGAACAAUGAAGGUGGCAAACAACUGAUACUAUACCCAUGCCAUGGGCUUGGAGGAAAUCAGUACUUUGAAUACUCUACACACCAUGAAAUACGUCACAACAUCCAAAAGGAAUUGUGUUUGCAUGCUACUGCGGAAGCUGUUACACUGGAAGAAUGUCAGUUCAAAGGUCAAAAUACACAUGUCACAGUAGAAGAAAAGUGGGAGCUAAGAGAGGAACAUCUGAUUGUAAAUCCUGCAUCAAACACGUGCCUUACUGCAAAAGAAGAGCACCCAAGCCUGGAACCCUGCAACCCUGCUGAUAGAUUCCAGAAGUGGACCUUUAUUUGAGGUUCAACCCGGGCAUAUCUAUAUUUUCUUACAUAGUUGGAAGAUGUUUCUAUGUUUUGAUUUGAGAUUGCAACAUGAUACAUUUGCACUUGGAAGAAAUGCGGUGUCUAUAUUCUAAAAACAGGUAUUUUGAUGCCGAUAUGUUUUUUUUUUUUUACAAUGCUAAAUAUUCAAAAGUACCAAAGAACUUUGUAAAAUAUCAAUAUUUUUCAUUUUGUAUUGGGUAAAUAUAAAUACACUAGUAGAGGCUCUAGACUACACAAGGUAAUAACUAUGUACUGUAACUUUAAAUUACUGCAUUUAUCAUUCUUGUUAAUUUCCUCCAAAUAAUAAUAAUAAAAUAACAUAAUACAUCUGUUUUAUCUCCAUUCACAUGUUAGAAUUUAACCCUAAGCUUCUUACUGUACCAUUAUUUCUGCAGUGCAUAUAGUCUAAAUUGUUACUGCAUUGUUCAUUACUAUUCAAUAUAAACAAGCUGUGAUACUUUUAGAUUUAGUGUUUUCAGGUGUUGUACCAACAGCUGUGGAAGUGGAAGUCCUCCAUAGCACACACUUGCAAUACAGUUUUGCCAAAUGAUAAACUCUGGCUGAUUGCUCCCUCGUUUGGGUGCAGCCAUUGCUUAAAGAAGUGUUAGCUGUCGCCUACAGGAUGAACUGACUGUACUAGUCUGUUUUCAGAAAGAUGUUAGUACGUUGAAGUCAUUUUAAAAGGUGACAAUUAGAAAUGUUUGUUCUACAGUGUUCCACACCCUGCACUAUAGUAUUCUCAGAUGGCUUUUAUUAAUGUAUUUACUUAGGCACACAAGUGCAGUUCAGCUCAAUUACAUGUAUGUGAAUCUACUGCAUUACCAGCAGCAUUAGCAUUCACAUCACAUCCCUGAGGUUGUCUUGAUUCAAUUGUAAAUAUUUGUUGUUAGAUAAAGGGAAAGUGAAUUAAAACAGAAAAGAAAAUUAACCAACCCCCCCCCCCCCAACCCCCACUCUGAAAUUAAUUUCCAGAUAAACUAGGUUCAGUUUGGUUUGUUUAGAAUGAAUUCCUGUGUACCUGGGUCCCCAUGAAUACCAUGUAAUGAACAGUUUAGUUUUUUGUUUUUUUUUAAUGGAUAAAGUACUCAAUAAUAAGUUAAAAAAAACAGCAAAAAUGCCAAGUAAUCCAUAGUUCCAUGUAUGUUUUAUUAACUCCCUCCCCACUGGAAUAAAACAAAUUGUAUUUUGGCUCCUAUUUUUAAUUUACAAUGAAUAACUGAAAAACAAGACUUUAAAACAACUAUCUAGAAGCAGAAAGUGAAAAAAAACUCUAAAAAUCUACUUUCCAAUUUCACAGGCUUCAUGGAUGUGGUUAAUCCAAGUGAAAACUUAUUAAGAUUGACAACAGGUUUAUACAAUUUGAAAGAAAAAUACAGGCUAGUACAAUUGACACCAUUUUUUUUUUUAAACAAAAAAACAUGAAAAAAAAAAGCCAAUUUCUCAAUAUAGACUGUUGUAGUAAACCACAAUAAAUACAUUUCAUAAUAUCAUUUAUAAUAAAUACUGAAAGUGAUAAAUACAGUAGAAUACCACUAAAGAUCUGAUGGUUAUCAGUGUAGCUUGCUUGGUAUUUUGCUUUGGCACACUUGCCACAGGUUUAGUAAAAUACGUCUGAAGUUGUCAUACCAGUAUGUACAGGAUUCAUGUUUUUGUUUAUAGAAUUGUGUUGUUUUUCCAUCACCAUUAGCAGCUUUUACAUGAAGCUGAGAAACUGUUUGUGCAGUCACCCUGUGUGUAUAUAUAUAUAUAUAUAUAUAUAUAUAUAUAUAUAUAAUCAAAUCAGUUUUCUAGGCUGCUAGGAUACAGGUUUGAAUGUCUGCUCUAUUGCUUAACACAGUCAGCACUGCUUAUACUGUAUAUUCCAGGAAAACUUGUUUAUUUGUAAAGGCUCAUCUGGUGGUGCACAAGCUUCAAGGACAUCUGGUGUAAAAAGGUCCUUAGAAUGGAAUAGAAAAUGCAAAUGUAUUUUUAUUGAGAAGAUAAACUGUCAGUCACACAAUAAUAUCGGUUGAUUCGAGAGUACAAAACAACCUUGAGCAUGUCAUUUGCAGUUUCUUUAGGAAUAAAACAUAAGAAAAUCAGAUUCUAUAUAUAGGUCAGGUGAAAGGGUUGGGGGCAUUCAUUGUUUCAUAAAAGGUUAAUGGUAUGUAUCAUUUUAGAAAGUAUAACUUUCUUAUAUAGUUUUCUUGUGUGUUAAACAUGAUGGAUGUUGGAAUCUUUUGUUUUUGUUACUUUUUUUACCAGGAUAAAUCUAUACUACAACUUUUGUAUAUACUGAUUAAUAAAAAGUAAUAUUCUGA